AUGCCACCAAGACUUCUGUCAGCCCUCCCAUUGCGUAGUGCGGUCUUUCAGGUCUACAAGCGUGGAGCCUGCGGGUAUGCUACUUCGGGAUCGCCUGUUGAUUCAUCGUCCUCUCCCUUCGCGAAGAUAAAAGGCGUCGAGGUAUCUGGAAACGCACAACCACGACGGUGGCCCAGAGUUUUGGCCGCUAUCGCGCUGGGAAUUACACUGGGAAGUGGGUGGAAGGUAUAUGGGAAGGGUGAGGAGGUGUUUCUCCCGUUGUGGGUGGAGACACCCGAGGAACUGCCUUAUGAAUUGAAAGAGGUAUUGAAGAAGAAGAAGGACGAGUUGGAAGAAUGUGCCAUGAGCACUCUGAUCGCUUCUAUCGCGGACCAGAUGAAACCUUAUCUUGGCUCCCCCGUCGUUGCGAUCUCCUCUGAACUCACCUUCGCUAAACCAGAACGAACAGUGACUCGCACUGUCCGUGGUAUCGGCUUCACUUCAGCAUCAGGCCCGUCGAAGACUACACGAACACUUGACCUGGAAGCAUUGAAGUCACAUCCAGUAUAUCCUUACGUCAGAUACAUUUUCCCUAUGCCAGAACUUCCGAAGCCAGAAUCAAAAUCAUGCCCGAAAACUCACGUCAUCGCAAAGGGAGAGAUCAUUGUGGAGGGUGGAAGGGAUGGGGGACAGAAGACGAGAGGUAUGGUUGAUGUUGUGGAGCAUCUGAGGGCUGUGGGAGCGGAGGGGGAGGAAGCGAGUGUGUUUGAGGCCACACUCAUCUUUGCGGAUAAGGUCGGGAGGGCAAGGGAAUUGUUCUUGGUGAAGGAAGGCAAGGCAGUGCCAGCUGAGGAGCAAGAGGGCGAGACGACCGACGUAAUUUUGACCCCUAGAUACCAAAAAUAA